AUGGGUGUCAACGUAUUGUUCCCCCUGAAGCAAUCGAAGAUCGACACUCAACAGAGAACUUUACGGUUCAUUGCAUCUCAGCUCGACAUGGUAGACCCUUCACAAAUGCACACCCAACAAUCGGUUGCUGAUGGCGACUUUGAUGACUUCAACGACGUGGCCGCAAAGAGCAAUGCGUCAUCCAAAGCUACCGGGCAAGGCAAAGAAACGAUGCAAAAUACAUGGAUACAGCGAAUGCUUUUCCCAACAGAAGCACACGGCGAAAUGCAGACUGAACUUCGCAGGAUACCACAUCGUGCACUCUUCGAUCAUGCUAUCAAUUACGAGCAAGCACAUGCAGUGAGCUCAAUCUGCACCAGGGAUUAUGGUACACUACCGUACCUGAUCAGUGGACCACCAGGAACUGGGAAGACGAAAACUUUGGUCGAGACCGCCAUGCAGCUAUUCAACACGUCGGAAGCCCCGCACACGCUCAUAUGUGCGCCUUCAGAGGCAGCAGCGGAUACCCUUGCACUGCGAUUGAAGAAAUAUCUCAGCAAUGAGCAGCUAUUUCGACUUAUACGACCAGGAAGAAAUGACACUGAAGUUCCUGGAGAGCUCACACAAUACUGCUACAUGACAUAUGACAUGUUCUCGCUCCCACCUAUCAAAACAAUGAUGGCAUACAACAUCGUCGUUACUUCAUGUCAAGAUGCUGGGAUCCUUUUCGAUGCGCGCUUGACCAACGAUGAUCUUUGGCAUAUCGAAAGAAACAUGCUUGCGACUUUUCAUCCAGAAGAUCAAGUUGCUACACCGAGGCUACACUGGGGAGCUCUACUUAUCGACGAGGCAGCUCAAGCCACAGAAAUCGACCUUCUUGCCGCCAUCAGUGUCGCCUGUCCACCUUCAUCUUACCCAACAGACCUCCCUCAACCCCUCUUCAUCAUGGCCGGAGACGAAAAUCAGCUAGGACCAAAGACAGCAUCUCGCGAUCCUCACUUCUCCAAAUCCCUCUUCGCACGACUCAGAGAGCGACCACUAUACAAAAACCACCCCUUAUCCCGAUCAAGCGUCAAGCCAUCCGCUGCACCACCCGUCCUCAAAAAAAACAUGCUCCCCAUCAUCUACCCGCCCUUCACAAACCUUAUCCGCAACUACCGCUCCCACCCCGCCAUUCUCAGCGUCCCCAGCUCGCUCUUCUACAACGACACCCUCAUCCCCGAAUCGCCCCCACCCAAUACCCCACUGCAAACCUCGCCCCUCUGGCGCGGCCGCAAAUGGCCUGUCCUCUUCGUCCCCAACACCGCGCCCGACGAAAUCGAGCGUGACGGCGGCGGCUGGUACAACAUCGCCGAAGCCCACAUCGCAUGCAGCAUCGCCCAGCAACUCAUCCGCGACUCGGGCGUCGCGCAGAAAGACAUAUGCAUAAUGUCGCCGUUCGCCGCACAGGUCAAGCUGCUGCGCUCGCGCAUCCGCUCGCAGCAGUACGGGCUGUGGGAAGUGAAUAUCGGGCCGCUGGAAGCGUUCCAGGGGCUGGAGAAGCGCGUGGUCAUCGUCUGUACGACGCGCACGCGCGCCCGGUUUCUGGCGGAGGAUGAGAGGCGCGGGUUGGGCAUUGUGCAGCAGAAGAGGAAGAUGAACGUGGCGCUGACGCGCGCGAAGGAGGCGUUGUUUGUGGUUGGGAAUCCGGGGAUUCUGGUGCGCGAUGAGUGUUGGAAGACGUGGUUAGCGUUUUGCUGGAGGAAUGGGUUGGUGGAUGAUCGUGGGGAGGGAUGGGAUGGUGACGCGGAAAGGGUUUGGGGAGGGGAAUGUUGGGGUAUUGGAGAGGGCGUUGGUGGCGAAGGAAGAUAG